AUGUCCCGACCAAUAACUUUUGUAACCGGCAAUGCCAAAAAAUUAGAAGAAUUGGUGGCUAUAUUGGGUCCGAAUUUCCCGCGGCAGGUAAUAUCGAAGAAAAUCGAUUUACCCGAACUACAGGGUGAAAUCGAUGAAAUUGCCAUUAAGAAAUGUAAAGAAGCUGCCCGGCAAGUUGAUGGACCCGUAUUGGUUGAGGACACCUGUUUGUGUUUUAACGCGCUGAAGAAUUUACCAGGUCCCUAUAUUAAAUGGUUCUUGGAAAAACUAGAACCCGAAGGUCUGCACAAACUCCUAACCGGUUGGGAAGACAAGUCGGCAAAGGCCGUUUGUACACUGGCAUUUAGCGAGGGUAGUGAUUGUGAACCCAUAUUAUUCCAGGGUAUAACCGAAGGUACAAUUGUUGAACCACGUGGUCCCAGAGAUUUUGGUUGGGAUCCCAUAUUCCAACCGAAUGGUUAUAAUUUGACAUAUGCUGAGAUGCCAAAGGUGGAGAAAAAUAAAAUAUCACAUCGUUUUCGUGCCUUGGAUGCUCUACAAAGGCAUUUUCUAGAGGGUAGCAGUAAUUCGAAAUAA